UCUCUCUAGUUUUAUAACAACUUAAAAUUCAAUAUUGUUACGCGGAUAAACGCUUACCGUGUAUCCAAACGGAGACGUUAGACGCGAACCUCAUCUGUCAUCUCUUUUCAAUUUAUAGGCGCUAAUAUCAACUCUAAACUCACAUUUAAUAUUAACCGGCGAGCACUACAAAGGGUAAGACGAAGCAACAGAAUUUCUCGAAACUUCUGUCGGUCAUCACAAACGUAGAGGCAUUUACCGAAAAUGGCCAUGAUCGAUGAGUACAUUUUGGGGGGUUUUGUUGCUUCCUUGUUUGGGUUCGUGUUGCUGUACAAUUUGCGAAGGAACGUGAGGAAAACGAAAGGUCCGAAGGCUGUGCGAGCGGAUGAGAGCCUCGAGAGAUCAGCCGCAGGCGGCGGAGUCCGGGAGGAGGCUGGCGGCGGGGAUGCCGAUAUUAUCAUUGUCGGCGCGGGGGUUGCAGGGGCGGCUUUGACUUAUACUCUUGGCAAGAUCCUUUACAUGGUAUGGCGAAACAGUUUUACUUUUAAUUUCAUAAAGAAGAAUUGUGGAGACUGUUGUUUCAUACGUUUGAACGAGUUGACAAGAAACUGCAGAUUUAUACGUAACGAGGAACAUUUUAGUGAGAAAUUGUUUUGGGCAGUGAUAAAAUUGGUGAUGUGUCAGAAAGAGUUUCUAGUUGCCUGCCUACCUGUUUUCAGCUCCAUACGUUUUCUAUCUUCAGUUUCUGAGGGCCGGCGAGUUCAUGUGAUUGAAAGAGACUUAACAGAGCCAGAUCGUAUAGUUGGCGAACUUCUGCAGCCUGGAGGCUAUUUGCAAUUGAUUGAGUUAGGCCUUGAAGAUUGUUUGGAAGAUAUUGAUGCUCAGCGAGUUUUUGGCUAUGCCCUUUACAAGGACGGUAGAAAUACGAAGUUAUCUUAUCCUCUUGAGAAAUUUCAUUCGGAUAUUUCUGGAAGAAGCUUUCACAAUGGCCGUUUCAUACAGAGGAUGAGAGAGAAAGCUGCAACUCUUCCAAAUGUGAGACUUGAACAAGGAACAGUGACAUCCUUGCUUGAGGAGAAAGGGACAGUUAAAGGAGUUCAAUACAAGACAAAGAAUGGUGAAAGCUUUACUGCUUAUGCUCCCCUCACCAUUGUUUGUGAUGGUUGUUUCUCAAACCUAAGACGUUCUCUCUGUACACCCAAGGUGGACGUCCCCUCUUGCUUUGUGGGUUUGGUCUUGGAAAAUUGUGAACUACCUUACGCGAAUCACGGUCAUGUUAUUUUGGCCGAUCCUUCGCCUAUAUUAUUUUACCCAAUCAGCAGUACGGAAAUACGUUGUUUGGUCGAUAUCCCCGGACAAAAAGUUCCCCCCAUUGCAAAUGGUGAAAUGGCUAAUUAUUUAAAGACGGUGGUGGCUCCUCAGGUUCCUCCAGAGCUGCAUGGCUCGUUUAUUGAUGCUAUUGAGAAAGGUAACAUAAAGACGAUGCCCAAUAGGAGCAUGCCGGCCAAUCCUCAGCCGACACCUGGAGCAAUCUUGAUGGGUGAUGCUUUCAACAUGCGCCAUCCUUUGACAGGUGGCGGAAUGACGGUAGCCCUUUCGGAUAUUGUCAUCCUUCGUGAUCUUCUCAGACCUAUACGAGAUCUAAAUGACGCAUCUACCCUCUGCAAGUAUCUUGAAUCCUUCUACACUCUCAGGAAGCCUGUGGCAUCCACGAUAAACACAUUGGCGGGAGCACUUCACAAAGUAUUCUGUGCUUCGCCAGAUCCUGCCAGGAAGGAAAUGCGUGAAGCUUGUUUCGACUAUCUGAGCCUUGGAGGUGUUUUCUCUAGCGGACCCAUUGCUUUACUUUCUGGCUUAAACCCACACCCUUUGAGCCUUUUUCUCCAUUUCUUUGCUGUGGCUAUCUAUGGAGUUGGUCGGUUGUUAAUUCCGUUCCCUUCGCCUCAGAGGGUUUGGUUGGGAGCCAGAUUGCUUUUAGUUGCAUCUGGAAUAAUUUUCCCAAUUAUAAAAGCAGAGGGGGUUAGACAGAUGUUCUUCCCUGCCACUGUUCCAGCCUACUACAGAGCCCCUCCUGUUAACUAAAUUACUGCUAUCCAUUUUUCCUUUUUUUUCUUUUUUUGGAAAAAGAAGGGAAGGGAAAGAAAAUGGUGGUAGUUUUGUUUGGUGUAAACUUAGCGAUAUGUGGUAAAAAUUGUAAAGCAUUUGUCAAUGAAUAAUGAUCCUAGAACGAUUUCCCUCUUGAAACUUGUAUUGCAUUUGCACAGCUUCAUUAUUUAUGUCUUCAGGAUUCUUGGUAAUGUAACCCACCCGCUGAUAAAUUAGAAAUGAAACGAUAUCUGCCAUUUUUAUGUAUAGCGUAAAAAACAGGAUUUUUUGUUCACUGCUAGUAAAUUUCCGAAAGCUAAAUAAAG